AUGGCGCCGGUGCUGCCCCCUGUUGGUGCAGAGCUGUUCAGACCUUUCACUCUUCAGACUCUGGAGAAAAUACAAGAAAAGCACGAAGAAGAGCAGAAGCUCGCUGAGAAACGCAGAGAAAACAACAUCGAGGAUGACCUUCCCAAACCGGCGUCCGACCUGGAGGCGGGAAAACCCCUGCCCUUCAUCUACGGAGACCCCGCCCCCGAGUUUUUCAACACACCGCUGGAGGAUCUGGACCCCUUCUACCAAUCACAGAAGACGUUCAUCAUUUUGGGCAAAGGGAAUGUGAUCUAUCGCUUCAACGCGGAGCCGGCCUGUUACCUGCUCUCGCCCUUCAACCCCCUGCGUCUGCUCGCCAUCCGGAUCCUCAUCCACUCAUAUCCUCCAUUCUUCAGCCUCUUCAUCAUGAUGACAAUUCUGACCAACUGUGUUUUCAUGACCAUGAGCGACCCGCCGCCCUGGAGUAAGACCGUGGAGUAUGUGUUCACGGGGAUCUACACGUUCGAGGCUCUGGUGAAGGUUUGCUCCAGAGGAUUCUGUGUUGGAGACUUCACUUUUCUCCGAGACCCCUGGAACUGGCUCGACUUUAUGGUCAUCUCCAUGGCGUAUCUGACCGAGUUUGUGGAUCUGGGAAAUGUAUCAGCGCUCAGGACUUUCAGGGUCCUUCGUGCUCUGAAGACCAUCACUGUGAUCCCAGGUCUGAAGACCAUCGUAGGUGCUUUGAUCCAGUCUGUGAAGAAGCUGUCAGACGUGAUGAUCCUGACCGUGUUCUGCCUCAGUGUUUUUGCUCUCAUCGGACUUCAGCUGUUUAUGGGAAACCUGCGUCAGAAGUGUGUCCUAGCCCCUCCCCUCAAUGCCACCGCCGCCAACAGCUCUGACCUGCUCCAAAACACCACAGACGGACAGGGCGACUUUAACUACUACGAGUUCAUCAAUAACCCAGCAAACUAUUACUUUCUGGAGGGACAGAGGGAUCCUCUUCUGUGUGGGAACAGCUCAGAUGCUGGAGUUUGCCCUGACGGUUACGUGUGUCUUAAAGCCGGACCAAAUCCAAAUUAUGGCUACACCAGCUAUGACAGCUUUGCCUGGGCUUUCCUUGCCCUCUUCAGGCUCAUGACACAGGACUUCUGGGAAAACCUCUUCCAGCUGACCCUGCGAGCAGCUGGUAAGACCUACAUGUUGUUCUUCGUGGUGGUGAUCUUCUUGGGUUCGUUCUACCUCAUAAACCUGAUCCUGGCGGUGGUGGCCAUGGCCUACGCCGAGCAGAACCAGGCCUCCAUUGAUGAGCAGCGGCAGAAGGAUGAAGAGUACCAGCAGAUCCUGGAGGCCCUGAAGGUCCGAGAGGAGGAGAGUCUUUUGGGCAGAGUCUUUGGGCAGAGUCUUUGGGGCAGAGUCUUUCUGGUGGGGUUUGUGUCUGUGGUUGAUUCUGAAGCACUGGGGAAGAGUGUUUGUCUCAGAUCAGUGUCUUCUGUCUCAGAGCCGGAGGAGGAGCGUCCCUGUCCUCCGUGUUGGUACUGGGUGUCGUCACGGUUCCUGGUGUGGGACUGUGCAUGCUGGCGCCCCCUGCAGAGGGUUCUGUACCUGAUUGUCAUGGACCCGUUUGUGGAUCUGGGCAUCACCAUCUGCAUCGUCCUCAACACGGUGUUCAUGGCCAUGGAGCACUACCCCAUGUCUCAGGACUUUGAGCAUCUGCUGACCAUUGGGAACCUGGUCUUCACUGGGAUCUUCACGGCUGAGAUGGUGCUGAAGCUUCUGGCUCUGGAUCCGUAUCAUUACUUCCAGGUGGGCUGGAACAUCUUUGACUGCAUCAUCGUCACCAUGAGCCUUGUGGAGCUGGGACUGGCCAAUGUCCAGGGACUGUCUGUGCUGCGCUCCUUCCGAUUGAUGCGAGUGUUUAAACUGGCCAAGUCCUGGCCCACUCUGAACAUGCUCAUUAAAAUCAUCGGGAACUCUGUGGGCGCCCUGGGGAACCUGACCCUGGUCCUCGCCAUCAUCGUGUUCAUCUUCGCCGUGGUGGGCAUGCAGCUGUUUGGGCGGAGCUACGGCGAGUGCGUGUGCCGGAUCGCCGAGGACUGCGAGCUCCCGCGCUGGCACAUGACGGACUUCUUCCACUCGUUCCUCAUCAUCUUCAGGGUUCUGUGUGGAGAGUGGAUCGAGACCAUGUGGGACUGUAUGGAGGUGUCCGGACAAACCAUGUGUCUCAUCGUCUUCAUGAUGGUCAUGGUCAUCGGGAACCUGGUGGUCUUGAACCUGUUCCUGGCUCUGCUGCUCUCCUCCUUCAGUGGAGACAACCUCUCUGCUCCAGAGGACGACUCUGAGAACAACCUUCAGAUCGCUGUGAACCGGAUCCAGAACGGGCUCGACUGGACCAAGACCAAGGUCCGAGACCUGGUCCUGAAGUACUGGCCCCACAGACAAGAACCAGAAACAAGCACCACUGAGGUCAACCAAUCAGACGAGACAAAGAACGAGGGGGAGGAGCUUGUGGCGCUGACCCCGGUGAUGUCAUCGGGGCAAAGUAAAGACGACAGGAACAGCUGUUACUAUGACAAUAUCGUGGCUCUAAGGGUCCCUCUGGCCCCUCCCGAGUCCGAGUCCGAGUCUGAGUCCGAACUGUCGGACCAGGACCAGGACGAGGAGGUGUCGUCUGAGUGCAGCACUGUGGAGAGGAACCCUGUGGUGGUGGAGGAGGAGGAAGAGGAGCCAGACGCCCCUGAAGACUGCUGCUCCGAAAACUGUUACAGACGCUGUCCGGCCUUGGACGUAGACUCCAGUCUGGGUCGGGGUCUGAUUUGGACCAACUUCAGGAAAACCUGUUUCUCCAUCGUCGAGCACAACUACUUUGAGACCUUCAUCAUCUUCAUGAUCCUGCUGAGCAGCGGCGCCCUGGCCUUUGAGGACAUCUACCUGGAGCAGCGGCGCGUGGUGAAGAUCGUGCUGGAGUUCGCAGACCAGGUCUUCACCUACGUGUUUGUGGUGGAGAUGGUUCUCAAGUGGGUGGCCUAUGGGUUCAAAACCUACUUCACCAACGCCUGGUGCUGGCUGGACUUCCUUAUCGUAGAUGUGUCGCUGGUGUCUCUCACGGCGAAUAUUCUCGGUUACUCUGAGCUCGGCGCCAUCAAGUCCCUGCGGACGCUGCGUGCGCUGAGGCCGCUGCGCGCUCUGUCGCGGUUCGAGGGCAUGAGAGUGGUGGUUAACGCCUUGGUCGGAGCGAUCCCGUCCAUCUUUAACGUCCUCCUGGUUUGUCUGAUCUUCUGGCUCAUCUUCAGCAUCAUGGGAGUCAAUCUUUUCGCUGGAAAGUUUUAUUAUUGUUCGAAUGAAACGUCUGGGGAGAGGUUUGAGCCUGCGGAGGUGGAGAAUCGCUCUCAGUGUGAGGAGCUGAUGCUGCAGCAUCCAGGAGAGGUCCGCUGGAAGAACGUCAAAGUCAACUACGACAACGUGGGCAUGGGCUACCUGUCCCUGCUGCAAGUGGCCACGUUCAAAGGCUGGAUGGACAUCAUGUACGCCGCAGUGGACUCCAGAGAGGUGGAGUCCCAGCCUGAGUAUGAGGCCAGUCUUUACAUGUAUCUUUACUUUGUCAUCUUCAUCAUCUUCGGCUCCUUCUUCACGUUAAACCUGUUCAUCGGAGUCAUCAUCGACAACUUCAACCAACAGAAGGCAAAGAUAAGAGGCACUGACAUCUUCAUGACUGAGGAGCAGAAGAAAUACUACAACGCCAUGAAGAAACUAGGCUCAAAGAAACCUCAAAAACCAGUGCCUAGACCUGAGAACUGGUUCCAGGGCCUGGUGUUUGACUUGGUGACGCAGCAGGUGUUUGACGUGAUCAUCAUGAUUCUGAUCUGCCUGAACAUGGUGACGAUGAUGGUGGAGACGGACGAGCAGAGCGCAGAGAAAGAGGAGAUCUUGUACUGGAUCAACCUGGUCUUCAUUGUCCUUUUCACUGGAGAAUGUUCUCUGAAGAUCAUCGCUCUGAGGCACCACUACUUCUCUGUGGGCUGGAACAUCUUUGAUUUUGUGGUGGUAAUUCUCUCCAUCGUAGGGCUGUUAUUGGCCGACAUAAUAGAGAAGUAUUUUGUGUCCCCGACGCUGUUCCGAGUGAUCCGAUUGGCUCGUAUUGGACGAAUUCUACGCCUGAUCCGCGGCGCCAAAGGAAUCCGCACUCUGCUCUUUGCCCUGAUGAUGUCACUUCCAGCGCUCUUCAACAUCGGGCUCCUCCUCUUCCUCAUCAUGUUCAUCUUCUCCAUCUUUGGCAUGAGCAACUUCGCCUACGUCAAGAAGGAGGCGAUGAUCGAUGACAUGUUUAACUUUGAAGACUUCGGGAACAGCAUGAUCUGCCUGUUCAUGAUCACCACGUCGGCCGGAUGGGACGGUCUCCUCAGCCCCAUCAUGAACACGCCUCCAGACUGCGACCCUGACCUGGAGAACCCGGGCUCCGAGGUCCGAGGGAACUGUGGCAGUCCGGGGGUGGGCAUGAUCUUCUUCACCUCGUACAUCAUCAUGUCUUUCCUGGUGGUGGUCAACAUGUACAUCGCCAUCAUCCUGGAGAACUUCAACGUGGCGACGGAAGAGAGCACCGACCCGCUGUGCGAGGAGGACUUUGAUAUGUUCUAUGAGACCUGGGAGAAGUACGAUCCCAAUGCAACGCAGUUCAUUCACUACAGCGAGCUCUCAGAGUUCUGUGACGUGCUGCAAGACCCUUUGAGAAUCCCCAAACCCAACACGCUCCGACUGAUCCAGAUGGACCUUCCUCUGGUCCCUGGAGACAAGAUCCACUGCUUGGACAUCCUGCUGGCUCUGACCGCUCAGGUGCUGGGAGACUCGGGAGAAAUGGAUGCUCUGAAAGCCAGUAUGGAGGAGAAGUUCAUGGCCAACAACCCUUCAAAGGUGCCUUAUGAGCCCAUCAGCUCCACACUGAAGAGACGACAGGAGGAGUUGGCCGCGAUAGUGAUCCAACGCUGCUACAGAAGACACCUGCUCCGGAGAACAGUCCGACUGGCCUCGCAGAAGUACCGGGCCCUAAAACGGGGAGCAGACCCGGGUCCAAACCAGAGUCCAGACCAGAACCAGAGCAAGAGCAAGAGCAGGCUCAAAGAACGCUUGGACAAACUCUAUGGACCAGACACCGGAGAUAAACCCGUGGAACUACACAAAGAGGUCGAACUCCAAACGAUUCCGCCCCACCUCGUGCCUAAAGACCAGAGCUGUAGCUUAGACAUGGAGGAGGAGUUAAAGGGGGAGGUACUAAAGGAGGAAGAGCUGAAGGAGUCUGUGGUCUGACGCUAAACUGAAGCAGGCUGUGGAUCAUAAACACCUGAACGAUGGUUUCACUUUGUGGUGUCACAGUGGGGCGGGGCCACAUCAGAGCACAGAACUUGGGGGUCACUGGAGUUUUCAUGGGAGACUUUGGACAUAUUAUGAACCCGAAUAUCCUCAACUUUAUUUCUAGAGCACUUUAAAAACACCACCGUUGACCAAAGUGCUGCACACAUUAAACAGAACUCAACAUAAACAGUGACAAAGGGUGAAGAGGUAAAACCGAGGAGAAAAAGUGUUUAGGAAGGACAUAAAAACAGAAGUGAGUGGGACAAGCCUCAGAGCAAAAACACCAUCUCCUCUGUGUUUCCUCCUGGACUUUCAGACGUAGAGGAAAGAUCUGCGGCCAUUUGAACCAUGUUUGGAAGUGCGAUUGUUUACAGUUGGAGGGGGCGGUUUUCACGAAGGCGUGUCCUUUUUAUUGGCUGCAGACGCAUCUUUUUCAAUUAUGGAAUGUUUGUGGUUGCUGUAAUGUCAUGGUUGGCUGCUCUUGUGGCUGACCUACUGGCACACUGAGCAGUUUUUAAAAGAUUUUUUUAAAUUUUUAUCUUAAAUUUAUAUUUUGACUUUGCAUGAACCUAGCUUUGCUAGUCAGCUAGCCCUGGAAAUACAAACUUUUAACACCGAAUACAGCAGAAGAUGUCCAGUCCCAUCACCGACCAAACCAACAGCGGAGAGAGAAAGAGAGGACAGGACUUCCUGUUGUGUCUCCAGAGUUUACCUGGCUCCCCCUGGAGGCUGCAGUGAUGCUGCAGGACUCAGAGGAGGGACACUUUUGUCCUGAAGGCUGUUACACUCCUCACAGUGACUCUGACUCCACCUGUGGAACUCCACCUCAGCUUUUUAUUCUUAUUGUAUUUCACUGCUAAAGUGUGCUUAAA